GUUUGGUGCAAGUAGUAAUUAAUAAAUAAUAAGUAAUUAAUAAAUUAAUACACGUAAUAUAUAUAUCUGCAUGUGAUUUAUUGGUUUUAUUUUGGAUUAUAUGUAAGAUAGACAAAAAGUAAUAAGGAAGUUUAUGCAGUCAACGAGAGUUAUUUAAGUGUGAACACAUUUAUAGGUUAGAACUUGAAUCAAUACUUCCAUAUUUUUGUUUAUAACUUGGAAGCACGUGCUCAUAUCAUUUUCUAAAAAUUAUUUAAAAAUGUCAGACAAGUCUAAUAAGUCUAACAAGACUAACAAAUCUAACAAGUCAAUACGGAGAAAACGGGGCAGAAGGAAGAGAAAUUCAGAAGAUAAAAAUUUUGGAAACAAUGAUGUAAUUGGAGGAACGAACAAUAAUAUCUUUGGUAAUAGACGUCGCAUAACUUUUAAAUCUCCAGAAGGAUUGAAUAUACCAAAUUUAUCUUUGGUAUUAGAUGAUAAUAUUCUAAAUUCCAAUAAUAUUAAUUUUCGAUUUAUCAAUCCCAAAAUUAAAGAAGAAAUUAAAAAAAGUUUCCUUCAUGCAAUUGAGGAUCAUGUUAAUCAUAAGCUGCAAAUAGUUAAACCCCGAAGAACUAAGUGGUUUAAAAUUAUGAUAUCAUGCGAUGGAUAUUAUUCACAAGAUUAUAUUCUGGACAAUCUCCGAAAAGUUAUCAAAGGAACUUUUGAACCUUUAAUGUUUAAAAUUUCUGGGAAGAAAGCAUCUUUUUAUGUCGAUAAUUAUAUCGCAGCAAAUAAUUUUGCUUCUUGUGAGCGUGAAAUUUGUCAUAAAAUAGGACUUCUAAUCGAUGUUAAUUCAGGAUGUCCACCACAGUGUGAUAUCAAUGAUGAUUUAAAGGAAAGGUUAAAAAAGGCUAUAGGUAAAAGAUAUGUACAAAAGACAAAUGCUUUAGAUUUAUCUAAAUUUUAUUCUGAUUCAGAUCUUAUUACGGAUUACUUUUGCCCUCUAUCUCGACCAGCCAUUAUAGAGAUAGUGUUAGAUAUUGUUCACGAAUAUCUACCUACGUUAGAAGCAUUAAAUUUAGAUGACAACAUGUUAAACACGACUUAUAAACUUUGGGAUCUACAUACACAAUUACCCAAAUUAAAGAUCCUACAUUUAGGAGAUAAUAAGAUUGUACACAUUAACCAAUUAUUCCCUAUAAAAGAAUUACAAUUGGAAGAAUUAAGAUUGGCAGGAAAUCCUCUCUCUGAUAAGUACACAUCUCAGAACGACUAUAUUAGAGAUGUACGCAAAAGAUUUCCGAAACUUAUAAGACUGGAUGAUAUAGAAUUAUCGCUCCCAAUGUUAUUUGACAUUGAUGAUGGUAUGAAAGUGGUGCCCCCUACUCAACAAUUAUUCGUUAGAGAUGCUAAAGCACAAGAUAUAGCAAACCAGUUCUUUAUGGAAUAUUUUUCUAUUUUUGAUAGCGAAAAUAAACACCCGUUAUUGAAUGCAUAUGAUGAGCAUGCAUGUUUCAGUUUAACUGUAACAAAGACUGGAAAAUUGCAUGUAUAUCUUGCAGAAGAUAGAAAUUUGUUGAGAUUAAGCAAUUACAAUAAGAGAGUGAAAUUAUUAAAGCAAGGUAGAUUACAAAUUCUAUCUUGUAUAACACAACUACCACAAACAAAGCACCAUUUAAGUACCUUUACAAUGGAUAUCAGUAUUGUAACUGAACAAAUGAUGUUGAUCGAGUUAACAGGAUUAUUUACUAUCAAAUUGAAUGAUCAGUUAUGCUAUUUCAGUAGGACAUUUAUCAUAGUACCAAAAAAAAACGGUUAUUGCAUUUCUAACGAGCAAUUGCAUAUUAGUCUUCCUACUAAGGAACAACGCAAGAAAUUUUUCGCUAAUAAUUGUUCUAUACAACAAAUAGCCAAUGGAUUUAAGAAAAUGGAAUUGUAACUUUUCAAACUUUGACAAAUACCUCAGGUAGCAUUUACAAAAUAAAAUCCUAGACUACGUAUAAAAAAUAAUUCCAUCCUGUACCCAAGUUGUUCUUUAAACCAUUUUUAUCAAAAUGAAAAAGAACAGAUGAAAGUAUGAUUGUAAAUAAAGAUCUAAAAUUUGCCAAAUUAAGAAGAUGUACAGUACACAUAAUGCGAGCAUGUCAGAAUUUAUUGAGAAAAGUUAUUUGUCUUUCUUGUCCAGGCAAGAAAUCUUUCUAAUCGUGAAUUGGUGAUCGUACCGAAAUUAGUCAUUUAACAUGGCUAGAUUGUUAACUUAACUGUAAUAACAUUUCUUAUAAUUAGUUCUUCAUUAUAUAUUCUUGAUAAGUUGAUUAAAUUUAAUUUAAUUGUGUACGAAACCAAUUAAAUUUUAAUUGU